AUGGAGAAUCAGCCACCCAAAAGACAACGAGAUGCCUCCGACGACGAUGAGCUCGACUUGAUGAAGCUUGUGGCUUUGCGCUGCCAGCCCGCAGGAAGUUCCAAUGGCACAGGUGAGAAUGAAGCUUCUCAAAUGUCCGAUCAGGGAUCUACAGAUGUCAAAGAUCCAGCUCCAUGUUCAGAAGACACCAAGACGGGUGCAAACACAGACAUGAUCUCCCCUUGCAAACACCCUCCCAAGGAUAAGAAUCAGCUUUCCAUGCCACAAACUGUGAACAUUCGUAUGGGCACCAAAGAGAGCAUGGCCAAUGAAGCUGCCUUGGAGUCAAACCGGGAGGAACAGUUUCGAUGCACUCGUCUCGCCACAGGCCAGGAGCCCAUGGUUGGAGCUUAUGCUGUCGCUCCUACACCCGAUCAAUCCACCAGAGAACAGGAUGGCGAGAGGGAAAUCAGCAGUGAAGAAGCAGAUGAAGAAGAAGCAGAUGAAGAAGCAGCAGUCACAUCUCAUACAAGUGUAUCAGCUCGGCUCUCUAUUGCCAUGUUGGUGGAUGAAAACCAUGAUCGGCAAGCGCAGUCAUUGCCAAAAGCAGAGGAAUAUGAUCUAAACGAGCAGGCGAGAACGAGAAAGGAACGAAAAAGGAAGACUCAUUUGAUCAAAGCAACCAUCUGUAUCAGCCUUGGAGCGCUUGUUUUCGCAGGAUUCGUUCUGUUGAUUGUCUAUCUGCUUGGUUUGGAUGAGAAGGUCGAUCAACAGGAGGCCCACGACGGCAACACUAGCCAUGCUUUUACUUCACACAAUACCACGUCCAAUGAAAUUGAAGCAUAUGUUAUGGCCUUUCUACCAAACAAGACAAUUGAAGCUAUACGGUCGAAACCUGGUUCGCCUCAAGCGCGGGCUGCUCAAUGGCUGCUGAACGACAUUCCGCACUGGAAUCAUACGGAUCAGCGAGUUCUGCAAAGAUUUGCAUUGGCAACAUUUUACUAUGCGACAGGUGGAGAUGAUUGGUUUGAGAAUGAAGGCUGGCUCAACCACACCAUAAAUGAAUGCCAGUGGUUCUCGACUUGGAAAGACCCUUGCUUUGGGACUCCUGGAAUCAUGGAAUUCAUCCUUGAAGACCUAUUCUUGGAAGACAACAACCUUCAAGGCUCUUUACCUCCAGAGAUGUUUCUCCUCUCGCAUGUGGUAGUGCUUGGCUUCGCAUCGAACUCGUUGGUUGGUUCUAUCCCUUCCGGUAAGACACAACACACUGUGCGCAAAUCCUCAAGCUCGAUUCGAUUCCCACUGUGGUGCUCACCACCGCUCCUGUAG